AUGCGUCUAACGCUUCUCGCCUCGACACUGGCCCUAGUGGCCCGGCCAGUCGCGGCCAGUCUGGCCUUCUGUGCCACUGAAAACACUGGAUCGUCCUUUUCGGCUGUAACCGAUACCUACCAGUCCAACGGAGCCUGCGAAGAUACUUGUGCCGACUAUGCCCUUGGAGUCCUGCAGGGAAAGAAGUGCUGGUGCUCAAAUGUGGCACCAUCGACAGACUCCCGCGAAUCGGUCUCGGACUGUGAUACAGGAUGUCCUGGCUACCCGGCUGACAGCUGUGGAAGUGCAGCAAAGGGUGUAUGGGCCUAUGUGAAGAUCUCAGGCAAUUCCAUCUCCAGCACAGAGAGCAAUUCCGGAACGACGAGCUCAUCAACAACCACAACUUCCUCAACCACCACCACCUCCGGUUCAUCGACCGAUACGUCCACCACCUUGGCCUCCUCUACAAAUGCCAGCACAACCGAUCCCUCGACCACCAACAAUGUCGUCAAGGAGACCACCAACGCCAGCGGCCAGGUCAGGACCGUCACUGUUGCCGCGGCUGUUUCAACCUCUGGACUCGACACGUCCGAUAAGUCUACUGAUGGGGGCAGCAGCCUGAGCGGAGGCUCCAUCGCUGGAAUCGUCAUCGGUGUCCUGGGAGGUAUUGCUCUUGUCGGCGCCCUGAUCUUCAUGAUCUUCUUCUAUCGGAAGCGUGCUCGCUCAGCGAGCCCCAUUCCCAGCCAAGACAUGGCCGACCGUACCAGCCAGGGCUCCAGCUUUAUCCGGGGUGUCUUCCCCCAGGGUCACACCCAAGAGAUGUCUGGCUCGUCGUCCCUAGGCCGCAAACACACCUUUACGGAUAACCGGAUGAAGGCCGACAUCUACCCCAACGGUCCCCGAGACAGCAGUGUGUCGCUGCAAGACAACGAGGACUACUCGCGGCCUGUCCUUCGGGUCACCAAUGCCGAUUAA